GUGUCUGUCUGUGUGUGUCUGUGUCUCUGUGUGUGUCUGUGUCUGUCUGUGUGUCUUUGUGUCUGUGUCUCUGUCUGUUUGUGUGUCUUUGUGUCUGUCUGUGUCUCUGUGUGUCUGUGUGUGUCUGUGUCUCUGUGUGUGUCUGUGUGUCUUUGUGUCUGUCUGUGUGUGUCUGUGUCUCUGUGUGUGUCUGUGUCUGUCUGUGUGUCUUUGUGUCUGUGUCUCUGUCUGUCUGUGUGUCUUUGUGUCUGUCUGUGUCUCUGUGUGUGUCUGUGUGUCUGUGUCUCUGUGUCUGUCUGUGUGUGUCUGUCUCUGUGUGUCUCUGUCUGUCUGUGUCUCUGUGUCUGUCUGUGUGUCUUCGUGUCUGUCUCUGUGUGUCUCUGUCUGUCUGUGUCUCUGUGUGUGUCUCUGUCUGUGUCUCUGUGUCUGUGUGUGUCUCUGUCUGUCUGUGUCUCUGUGUGUCUCUGUCUGUCUGUGUCUCUGUCUGUCUCUGUGUGUUUGUGUCUCUGUCUGUCUGUGUGUGUGUGUGUCUGUGUCUCUGUCUGUCUGUGUCUCUGUCUGUCUGUGUCUCUGUGUCUCUGUGUGUGUCUCUGUCUGUGUCUCUGUGUCUGUGUGUGUCUCUGUCUGUCUGUGUCUCUGUGUGUGUGGACAAGAGGACGGCUGUUUCUACUCUGGUCUGCCUGUUGCUGGUUUCUAUGACACCGAGUGAGAGACAGUUUGGUCAGAGGGAGGACAGAUGAUGGAGUUUUUCAUUUUAGAUAUUUAAAUUUUUUUGGUUACUUUUUAAAAAACAAACAAACACUGAAACGUUUAGCUGUUAUUUGGUGAUUUAAAUAAUAAUUUAAAUACUGUUUUUGUGACACCAACAUUUUGUCAUACACCGCUGGAGUGUCGCCCGGUGACACAAGAUCCACAGACACAGAGAGAGCGAGAGAGUGGUGUGGAGCUAAUAGAUUUACAUUUAAAAGUUACUCACGACAGUUUUCAAAAAGCGUCCAUCAAAUCAUCAAAUAAUCUACAGAGAAAAUAAUCUGGAAAAACAAGGCGUGAGUUACAUCAUCACCUCAAGCCUCUUAUCUAUAAAAUGUGUGACAAAGGUGGAGUUGGGUGACACCCUUUACGAGCAGCCAGCAAACAUAUUGUAUAGCAGUGAAGGCUUGUGUGAGAAUAAGAACAUGAAUGAGGGGGACGGAUCUCUGAGGUUUUUCUUCGUGUCCGGAGGCUGUGAAGGUGAGGAGCUCGUGUCGGGGCUCGUUCCACAGGUACGACAGCAGUCAGCAGUGAUCCUGCAGGGGAUUCAGACACCACCUUCUGCCGGUUUCCUAUUGACCUUUACGUCACAGAAAGACUAACGUUGUGAACGGUGAUGCAAAUGAGAUGGACAUGUCUCUUGUGGUCGUCGUGUUGUCUGAAGAAAGACACCGCCACCAUCUGAUUGGACUAACACACCUGGAUAAUAUGUUAGUCCGACUAAGACUAGCCCAGGUAUGUUAGUCCGACUUCACCCGGAUAAUCGGACUAUGAAUCGCAUAAUCCAGGUAUGUUAGUCCAAUUUAGUCCAACUAACAAACCUAUGACACUGACAUUGACUACCUUUAGCCGUUAUGUCCAGGAUAAUGUGGGUUGGGGGUUGAAUUACUAUUACAGGGUUACUUUCAACUGGAUCCAAGCUGUUCUUGACACCCGCCCCUGGACUUUGACCGUUAAAUAAGAAAUAGCAAGCAGGUACAGAGAAGAAGAAAACAGAGAAAAGCUGAGGACAAUCAAACAUGUGUUCAACAAUGUAGAAGUUGUGUAGAUACAGUAUCAGUGUACAAUAACCCACUUAACCAGUGAUCCAUGAAGGUCCUUCUACUGUUAUUUUGGUCCUGGUAACACAAUAACAAAUGUGGACAAAUAGAAACAGAGACUCAUUUUGAAAACCGGGUUAUGUUUUAGUGUGGACAAAUAAAAAAAGGACACUUUUAUUUUAAAACAAUGUUGUGUUUUAAUAUGAACAAAUUAUAUUGAAAUUGAGAAAAUGUUUGAAUAGAAAAAUAGUGUUUAUUUUGAAAACUGCUAAGGCUGUUUUUUAGUGUAGACUUAUUUUGAAAAUGUGUCAAGUUUAAGUGUGGACAAACCAAAAAAAAGAAAUAAAAAAGGAAACUUUUAAUUUGAAAACCUUUUGGGUUGCGUUUUAGUGUGGACAAAUAGAAACAGACUUAUUUUGUGUUUUGUGGACCUAGAAAAGGCUCAUGAUUGCGUCCCUCGGGAUGUUUUGUAUGGGGUGAAUGGCUUCUUGCGACGGGUCAUCAACUCUCUGGAUCGUUGGAGUCAGAGCCUGAUCCGAAUCUCUGGCAGUGCAGUAAGGUGGUGGAGGGUCUCAAGAUUGGUGACCUGAGGAUUUCUUCUCUGCUCUUUGUGGCUAAUGUGGUCUUUUGGUGUCAUCCGGAGGUGAACUUCAGCUUGCACUGGGACAGUUUUCAGCAGAGUGUGAGGCAGCUGGGUUGAGGAUCAGCACCUCAAAGUCUGAGGCCAUGGUUCUCAGUCGGAAAAGGGUGGAUUGCGUGGAGGAGUUCUAGUAUCUCAGGCUCUUGUUAACAAGCGAGGGAAGAAUGGAGCGAAAGGUUUGCAGAUGGAUCAGGGCAGAGUCUACAGUAAUGCGGACGUUGAUCCAGUCUGUUGUGGUGACAUGACGUGACAAGAUCGUGAAUACACAAAAGGUGCUUCCUGUGGGAGGUGUUCCAGGCACGUCCAUCUGGUAAGAGGCCCCCGGGGCAGACCCAGAACACGCUGGCCUGACUUAUUUUGAAAAUGGGUUAUGUUUUAGUAUGGACAAACCAAAAAAAAGACACUUCUUAAAAAUGUUACGUUUGUUUUCUGUUUACACCUGAUUGUUUUAUGUGAUGCACGUUUGAUGUUUACCUGAAAGAUCAGUUCCUUAUGUAAAAAAUGCAAUUCUAUUACACGUAACAUUCCUCUGUCUUUUUCUCUCUUACUCCUCCAGACGUAACUCAUCACAGAAGAAGUGAAAGGGAAGUUCAAGCAGCCACGAUGUUUCGCUCCAGAGUCAGUUUUAGUACCAUGAUCUUCCUUGUGGUCCUGCAGGGUGUAGCCGUGGUGUUGUUCUGCGGUUGGUACCUCCAGCUCUCUCCCUGUGGCUCCACCCCCUCUGACAAGAAGGUUCACAUUCUGCUGCUGUCGUCGUGGAGAUCAGGUUCAUCGUUCAUGGGUCAGGUGUUCAGCCAGCACCCGUCUGUCUUCUACCUUAUGGAGCCUGGUUUUCAUGUCUGGACGGCACACCCCAAAUCUGGGGUGCGCUCGCUGCGAAUGGCGUUGAGGGAUUUGUUCCGUAGCUUGUUUCAGUGUGACUUCUCUGUCAUGGACUCGUACAUGCCAGAGCAGCGUAAUGUUUCCUCCUUGUUCAUGUGGAGUGAGAGUCGAGCGCUGUGCUCCCCACCGGCCUGUUCCCUCACGCCACGUGACCAGUUCAGCAACCAGACUCUCUGUGCAAAGAAGUGUGAUGUCCGUGGCCUGCAGCGGGCAGAGCAAGCCUGCGGCACCUACAGUCACGUGGUGUUAAAAACUGUACGAUUCUUUGAGCUGGAAUCCCUCUACCCUCUUUUUCAGGACCCAAACCUGGAUCUCCGCAUCAUCCAUUUGGUGCGAGACCCACGGGCUGUAUACCGGUCUAGAGAACAGUCCUCUGACUCCUUUGUUGCUGAUACCGCUGUCCUCUUGGAGCACAGACACAUGCCAGCAGGUGAGGUGGGUUACCAUGCCAUUCAGGAGAUCUGUCGCAGCCACGUUCGCAUCUAUGAGAGGGCCACAGUAAACGCCCCUCCGUUUCUGGAAGACCGCUACAGAAUGGUUCGCUACGAGGACAUGGCACAAGACCCACUCAAGGAAAUCGCCUCUUUAUAUGAUUUCAUGAGUCUGGAGAUGACCACAGAGCUGAAGGAAUGGAUCUACAGAGUGACACAUGGAAGCGGCAAGGGCUCCAAGCUGGACGCCUUUAAAAUCACUUCACGGAACGCUGUUGACGUCUCCAGGGCGUGGCGCACCAUGCUGCCGCACAGCAAGGUCAAACGUGUCCAGGAAGUGUGUAAAGAAGCCAUGUUGCUGUUGGGGUACAGGACGGUUGACAGUGAGAAAGAACAAAAGAAGCUGGACAUAGAUCUGCUGGUGCCACAGGAACCGUACCAGUUCAGCUGGUUAGCCACCAAAACAGAGCAACCCAGUCAGAGUUAAUGACAUCAUCAUCGAGAGACGGCACAGGAACGACGGCGGUAUGCUGCUUUAGACACAAACUGAUUUGUAAGUGAGUCACCUGAGAGAACACAACCCUCAUAACUUCUUUACUGCACAUCAGCAGUCAUUUCACCAGGCCACACCCACAUUAUUGUGUAUUAUUGUCUUUCUUUCUAAUUUUGAAACUAGCUCUGUCCAGACGAGUGUGUUUAGCGUCGUUAAACACACUCGUCGUUUUAAAGCUUGGCAGUAGGUGUGCGCCGGACUGAACUUCACAGAGCAGGCUACUGUCAUGGCCGACUUCAUGGCAGGAGUUGCUCAUGUUGCUAAUUGUAAAUUGUAAUAAUGGUUUCUUCGUCUGGCAAAAGUCUGGUGAAACAACACACUGCGUGGUUUUUAAAAGUCUUUGUUUUGGUUUUACAAAAACUCACAAAUAAGACUUAGUGAUGGAGGCAGCAGUGGAUCAACAACUCAUGUGUGCUGUGAUGUUAAAAUCAUUGAUUUUCCCUAUGGACUUUGGUGUGGGAGAACAAACGCCAUCAAUUUCCUCAUGCAACCGCCCUUUAAAUAACCCGAACAUAACCCUUUAACCUGAAAGCUGAGACUGACUCGUUUUCUGUGUUUAUCUGCUCUGUCUUUACAGAGCAGUUGGUUUAAGCACUGGUUCACUCUGUCCUCCGGCCUCUUUGUUUAAUUGUUGUUUACAGAAAUUUCACACUGACAAACACACAAACAUCCAACUGUUCAGCCUCCAGUCAAAUGCAAUUAGGGCCAGAGGUCCAAACGGCUCCUGUUGUUGUCCUUCAGAUUCUUCUUCUUCUUGAAAAUGUGAAAAUGUGAAAAUAUGAAAAUGCCACAUUGUCAUAGUCGUCGCACGGUGGAUGGAGCAAGCUAAGAUUAAGUUGCACAGAAUUUCACGAAACUUGGUGGGAAGUUGUCACAGUCCAAGACGACCACAGCCUCAACUCAACAGGAAGUCGGCCAUUUGCCCGCUUCGUAAAUGAGCUAACUAUUUUCUACUUUGGUGUGGGAGAGUGAGUGGUUUACAAGCUUCAGUUUCCCACUGGAUAAUUCUCUCUGAUAUUGACAAAAAAGCAGAGUUUUUGUUAUCAUCAUUAUCAUCAUUAUUAUUAUUAUUAUUAUUAUUAUUAUCAUUGUUAUGAACAGUUCUGGUGGUUUUACUGUGAUUGUGUGUUGGAUGCUUCCUGUCCCUGUGUCAUGUGAUCAGUGUAUCUGUUUCUUAAAUGUGAGCUUUUAAUUUAUGAAGCAGAAACUUUAUGGUACUCAUGAUUUUAAUAAUAUUUACAUUUACACACUCUUUGUUGUUGUUGAAUGAAAGUAGAAUUAAGAUGUGUAAUAAAAUUAAGGCAAAUGUGAGAAA